AUGUCCAACGACCCUUCUCGCCGAGUCCUCCCUCAAAGCUCCCAAAUGAAUAACUUUUCGUUUGCGCCGCCCGCGUACCAGCAGCCGCCGCGGGAAACCCAGAAGAUCAUGAGAGCAUGCGAAGGCUGCCGGAGGAGAAAGAUCAAAUGCGAUGCCGCCACCACCAACACCUGGCCAUGCUCGGCCUGCAUCCGCCUCAAGCUCCACUGUGUUCGCCCGAAUGGCUAUGAUGGUUCGACCACCGACGGGCAGGUUUACGAGACAUCGGAUUAUGAGACCUCAACGCCGGUCGCUGGGGGUUUCCAACAGCAAAUGCCCAUGCAGCAAGCGCCGCCGCAACAACAACAGCAGCAGCAGCAGAUGAUGGCGACCUCGCAAAAGGGCCAGCCCACCAUGUACGCGCCCCAGCCGCAGAUGCCCUACUCUGAUCCCGCCAGUCUGUAUCAGCACGUGCAAUAUCCAAAUGCGCCCUCAAACCUGCAGUAUGCCGGCGUUGCCACGCCUAUGGGCUUGGUAGAUCAGAAUUAUGCCGCGCAAAAUGUCUUCCCUACGCCUCCGCUACAGUCGUCAAGUUCUCAGCCAGAUUCUCCGCCCAGCUCGUACACGCAAGAGCAAUAUGGCCAGGCGGAUCUUGCAGAUCUGCUGGGUGAGCUCAAGAUGAACGAAGCAGGAACAGCACCGUAUUUGAACAGCAAAAUGAGAGCCAAGAUCGGUAUGGACGAGGAACCCGUGGUAGGGGACGACGAUGAUUACAAGAGCAAUCUUCCGCCGCUGGUGUCUGGACCCGGGCUCAAAAUUCGGAUUCCUCCGGAACUGAUGCCAGACGACGAGACUGCAGUUCAUUAUUUCGAUCUCUACUUUACGCACGUCCAUCCGUAUGUUCCAGUCCUGGAUAAGAACAUCUUCUAUCAGCAAUGGCAGUCCAACAGGGAGGCGAUAUCACCGCUCCUCUUUGAGGCGAUCUUUGCUAUAGGUGGUCGUCUUGAUGACGAUCCGGCUCAGGGCCAGCAGUGGCUUGCGCUCGCGUCGAAACAUGCUGAUUCCUUCAUGGAUGUUCCGCGCUUGAGCACGCUCCAGGCGCUCCUCAUUGUGCUCAAAGCUCGCGAAGCGGCUCCCAAGCGAGGAUACUAUUACCGGUCGUGGAUGGCCAUCGUGCAGUGUGUGCAGAUGGGUAAAGAUCUGGGUCUGGACGAGCACUAUGCGGAUCACAAAGCUGGGAAAAGCUGCGGAUCAAGCCCCGCAGAGUGCUUGAUGAAGACGCGCAUAUGGCAGACAGUUUUCGUCUGCGAGCUCAUGAUCGGGUCUCCCCAGGGAACUAAACAGAAGGCAGGACGCACCGAUCUCUCUGUGGACAUUGACACCGUUGAUCUCAGAGUACCUCGCGCAGUUCCUGGGCUUGACGAUGCCGAAUACAAUGUCUCGCGAAACUUCACCUACUUCACCAGGGUGGUCUCCAACGUUUCUGUUCUCAACCGUGUCUAUGGUAAUCUUAAGAAGAAUAAGAGCAGAGACUGGCAGUCCGAUCCCGAAGUGGCCCAGCUCAACCCGUCUUUCGAGGCAUGGUUAAACGAUCUGCCUCAAGAUUUAGCCGUCACUUACAACCAGGAUGGCUCGCCGCCAUGGCUACCUUCGCCUUUCAUCGGCAACCUGCAUUCUUACUACCACCUCAGCCUCAUCAUGCUUCACCGGCCUCAGCUCCAAGUCUUCAAUCCAAACAGCGGCGAUGGGCAAUGGAAACAUCACAUGAUGAUAUGUUACUCAUCUGCAAAGCAGCUGUGUCGCCUUGAAGAGGCCAUUCUGCAGUCCUUUGGACUUGUCGGGUUGCAGUGCAUGCAGCGAGGUGUCAAUUUUACCAUCUACGCUGUCUUGACCUGCAUCGUACUGCACCUUGUUGCCAUAACCUCACCCGACCCAGAUUUCAACUCGGAUGCUCGGGAAUACUUCACACGGCACAUGAGGAUUUUGGAGAAGUGCAUGAGCGCAUGGCCGAUGCCCGAUAUGCAGAAGCAAAUUGACGCCGUGCGCGAGGCCUUCUCGGCUGACACCAGGAAACCUUUCGUUCUCAAACCGAGCUUCCCGUACGGAAGCCCGCACCCUGCAGGCAACCCCAGCCCUCUGCGACCAGAUACGGGCUUCCAGCCGCCUAUGCCCCGGCACUCCCCCCUGGACAACUCUCUGGAUAGCGCCGUUCAGAACUCUCAUGUUAGUUAUACCAGCCACCCUAUUUCACCCCCCAUCUCGGCCGGCCCGGUGGACUUGAAGAGUGACCAUUCUUCCAUGGACCAGUCGCUCGCCAUGAUGGCAUCACAAGGCCCUGCGAUGCAGCAAGGUAUGCCCUUGUCAGAAGCGCCGACAUGGAAUCCUUCGCGGAUAUUUGAACAGUGGAACUCUACGUUCGGUACGCCCCAAGUCCAGUCGCAGCCUCCCCAGACCAGUUCUCUAAGUGUCUCUCCAUCUUCAGGUGCCUCCGAGGUCCCCACGAUCCAGGAUAUUCAAGCCGUCCAGGCCAGCCUUCCUCAAAGUCUACAGGCGCAGUCGAUGCCGACGUACUCUACCGCGCCGAUGCAGACUUUUGUCACCCCAGCCAUGUGGCAAGAGUCGGUGGCUAGCGUCUACGAGGGAGGUCUGGGAGGUCUCAAACGGGGCUGGGACUAUGACAUGAAUAUGCCGAUGGCCAAGCGCCGUUGA